CUUCCUCCUAUAGAUAGACCCGUGGAGAAUGACGACAUUCGCUCCGCCUUCCUGUUGAUGGAGGAACGCCUACAACGGCCCCGCCCCCCGUGCGUUCAAGCCGGGCGCCUCCGCGAUGAGACCUCGCUUCCCAUUGGUCGCGUCCUCUGCCACGUCCGGGUAAGUCCCGCCUCCCCGACCCUCUCACUCCCUCUGUUCUGGCUGUCUCCGACCGCGGUCGGCGGUUGCCGAUAAAGUUGUUGUUGAGGCGGCAGGCGGCCCAAGAUGGCGGCGGCCGUGGGGUGGGCGGAGCGGAGGGCCCGCGGCGGAGAGGAGCCCCGGAGAGAGCGAGGGCCAGGUCGCGUUGGCACGGAGAGAAGCGAGAGGCGGAGGAUCGAGCUGCCGGAGGAAGAGAUCCCCCACGGGAGCCAGGAGGAUGGCUUCACGGCGGAGCACCUGGCUGCGGAGGCUAUGGCAGCCGACAUGGACCCCUGGCUGGUCUUCGAUGCCCGCAGCACCCCUCCUUGUGAGCUGGACUCCUGGCUGGCCGCCUACCCUCCUUCCCGAGUCUCCCGCUACGGGGGCCCCAGCGCCCCGAACCCCAAGCCCGUGGGCUGGAUCGCGGUCUACGGGCCUGAUUUCUCCCCUGGAGCCGGGGACGUCCAGGGACUCCAGGGGGCCUGGGAAGCCCUGCAGGCCAGCGGGCGGCCCGUCACUCCGGCCAUCCUGCGGGAGCUGGCCCUGACCCACCAGGUCCUGACCGGGAAGUGGCUGAUGCACCUGAGCCCGGGCUUCAAGCUGGACCACGCGUGGGCCGGCAUCGCCAGGGCCGUGGUGGAGGGGAAGCUGCAGGUGGCCAAGGUGAGCCCCCGAGCCCAGGAGGAGGAACGCCAGGUCAUCUGCGUCUACACGGAAGAUUUCACGGACCAGGAGGGAGUGCUGAAGGCUGACGCUGCCAUCCGGGCCGCCGGGGUCAAGUGCCCGCUGACCUACAAGCCGGAUGUCUACACCUACCUGGGAAUCUACCGGGCCAACCGCUGGCACCUGUGUCCCACCCUCUACGAGAGCAGCUACCACCUCGAGAGCAACCCCCAUUGCUCCCGAGUCCUGGACCGGCUCAACAACACAGCCCUGACUUAGCUGGGGUGGGAGCCCAGACACCCGGGGGUGGGGAGGGCGCAGACAAUCAUUCUGGCCGGCCUUCCAGGGGAUGGACUUCGGGGCUGAGACCUGGCCCUCUGCUCGGCCCCCACCCCCUUAAGGGCUGCCCGCCUUCCGGCCUUUGGGGACCAGCCUCCUCGGGCCUCAGGAAAGGGAAAGGGCACAGUUGCCACUCUGCAAGGGAGAGGAGGUGGGGCCGUGGCCCAUUCCCAUCUCCCUUCCCCCUUGUGACCUAGUUAAUGGAGGGAGAAAGGGACCCUCUUCCUGGAGCUCAGGUUGCUGGCCCAGAGCCUCGGCUGGGUUCCCUCCCCUGCUUAGAGCUGCUCCGCCCCCAUCCCUGGCUGGCACCCAAGAGUUGGUGGAGUGUUGCAUCCCGGGAAUCGUAGCCCUGACCGUGGACUGGGCCACCGGCAAGGGCCUGGAGAAGGUGCCUGCUGCUCCCUGCUCUGAUUGCAAUUCCCCGGGCCCCUCUCCCACUCCUCUCAUUGCUUCAACAAAGCAGCCCCUCCCCUCCCGGUCCUCUGGUUUACAGAUUUAGGUGUCAGUUGCUCAGGUCAGAUGUGACGAGCAAUGGUGUCAGGAGGCCUUCUGGGACUGAGGAAGUGAAGGGCUAGCCUCGGACCAAGAUUGGGGAGCCUCAGGCUUGACCACGCGCUUCUGCUUCAUUCGCCUCCCUGGCUCCCAUCACCUCCAGGAGCAGAUUGACUGCUCCCUCCGGCAUGACGGCCCUCCCCAGCCUGCUCCCUUCCUCCCUUCCCGGACUUCUGACACUAUCCCCCCGGACCCCCAUGACCCGGGUAGCACGGCCUGGCUGUAGUUGCCCGGGCGGUACCAUCUCCGGACUCCGGGCCGGGCCCCCAGCCCGGAGCGCUCGUUCUCUUCCGCUCGGCCUCCUGCCUUCCCUGGCACCUUCACUGCCUUCCUUCUCCUCACACUGUACAUAUUUUGUGUCUCUAGUUAUUAACAUGUUGUCUCUUCCAUUAGAAUGUGCGCCCCCGAGGCAAGGGAUUUUUUGCUUUCCUUUGUACCCACAGCACUUAGCCCAGUGCCUGGUGCCUAGUGAGCCCUGAAUAAAUGCUUGUUGACUGA